AUGAACAGAAGACCAAAUUCGGCGGUAUCAAUCCAGCGCGGUUGCCCACUACAUGCCUCAGCAGCUGCCGUCAUGAAUCCGCUUUCCCACACAUUCCGCCGCGCCUGCGUCAAGUCCUACGCCGGAUUCGCCGCCGCCAAUAAUCGCAAUAGACUACAAGCAACUGCUCGUCGAUGCUAUGCACAGGCUCACGACGAGAAGAAGCGAAGCGAUAUUCCAUGGCUUGCUAUCUCCGUCGCCGUAACUGUUCCAGCAGUAAUAUACCUGUUGAGAGCAGGACCAGAAGAGACUCAGCAUGGAGCAUUUCCCAAGCGUCCACUUGUAAAGAAACCUGAAGAGGGAGUCGAACCGCAGUCGAGACGAGAUCCGGCUGAUGUGAUUAAGCCUCCUAAAAGCUUUGAGGGCGAAUCUGGCGCUCAGACAACCAAGCAGCAAGGCCUGACGAAUAAAGAGACCCAGCACCCUUAUCUAUACGCUCCUGGCAAGAGCGAGAAGCCCGAAGGUAUCACCGAUUCAUCCAAGGUGAUGGGGACGGUCUCACCCGCACGAGGAAAGGAAUAA